UGAGAAUUCAAACAUUCAGGAUUUGGUGUCAGUCAAGAAACCACCACGCACGAUUAUCGUCGUUAGAAGCGUUAAAAUACGUUAAAUAAUUGUCAAAGUGAGGUUGCAACUUUUGUGAAGGAAUCGCACAAUACGUGGGAACUCCACGCCACACCACCAGCAUUGCCAUCACUGGCAGUGAUCACUUCCAUCCCACGUUACUCAGUGCUGCUUGGGGACAUCACACCCCAAUAUUGGAUUCAAGUUGAUCAUGAAAAAAUUUUCAUAAAGUGCAGAUAAUCAUAUUCCCCAAAAAACAACAAAUAAAAUCAACAAAUAAAGUUGUUCAGAGCUUGGAGGAUAGAAUAAAGGGUUGAAUUUGUGAAACUGGAGCGGUCGGGAAGCUUCUUCCCCGACGAACUGCAUUCACAGGAAGAAAGUGAACUUCCAUAUUAUACUUCCACUGCUUUUCAAAAGUGCCAUGUUACACAAAAGCUGAUAUUUCAGUCAAAAUCUCUGAAUUUUCCCUUUCAUAUUCCCUUCUACUUCUACUUUUCUGUAUAAUUAAUUAUUGAAUCAAUUGUGUCUGUGUUGUUGAACUUAUUGGACAAAAUGCUCAAGUUACAAAGCAGCAGAAGCCAAAUACUCAUCUUCAUCUGUGGUUUAAUAUCAUCGGCAGUAGCAAUUAACCAAUUUGAAUCAUCAGAUGACUACGGUGGAGGAAAUAGUGAAUGUGCCCUUUUACUAGAAGGACCUGGCAGGACUUCAGCAUUUGACUAUAGCCUUAACACAUUACGAGGAACAAACAACUAUGGCGGUGGGGCACAUACCUGCAUCACGUAUGACGCCGUCAACAAUGCCUAUGGUCAGGCAAGGAAAUAUAUCAGGGUAGCCGAAAGAAGAGAGAGAUACCAACACGAAGAGUUGGCGACUGUUGGUGAACUACUUCUGGAAGUCUCACGGAUUUUAUCGAGAACGUAUGGUUUGUCUGUGGAUGAAAUUGAGCAUGGUCUUCCUCUGAUUGACACAUCGAAGACGGCUAUUAGAGAAAUCUGCCCUGCUUUCUUGUCGAAUGUUCAUUGCCAACCCGGCAAGUACAGAAGAUAUGACGGCCUCUGCAAUAAUUUGAAACAUCCAACUUGGGGAGCUGUGCAGUCCACGUUCACGAGGUUGUUGAAGCCCGUGUACUCUGACGCGGUGUCUGACCCUCGAGUGGGCUCCCACGGCUCUGCCCUCCCCCCACCAAGAAUUGUGUCGCGAACCAUUCACCCUGAUGAAGGCUACCAUGACCAUGCUGCCACAAUUCUGCUCAUAUCCUGGGGCCAGACGAUGGACCAUGACCUGACGCUCACCGCAACCCCAUUGGACCCGGUCACUCGAAAUGAGCCGGAAGAGUGUUGUAAACGGGCCCCCAAUUCUAGAAAUCCCUACUGCCUUCAAAUUGAUGUUCCCCAUGAUGAUCCAUUCUAUGGGGUGUAUGGCGUGCGCUGUAUCGACUUUGUGCGUGGAUUUCCUGGCGUUCGUGCUGGGUGCAGACUGGGUUCACGUAACCAGUUCAACAUUCUGUCUGGCGUCAUAGAUGGUAACACUGUGUACGGGGUUGAAGAAAACUUUGCUCGCUCUCUUCGUACGGGGUACGGAGGUCUGUUGAGAAUGAACCCAGUUUUUGCACAAUACGGUCUCCAUGAUUUACUUCCACUCAAGCUCGAUAUCCCAGACGAAGGUUGUACGCGUCCCAACCGUUCCAUGUACUGCUUUGAUGCUGGUGAGAUUCGAGUCAACGAACAAUUGGUGCUGACUUGCAUGCACACCUUGUUGGCUCGUGAGCACAAUCGCAUUGCUUCCAAGCUGGGAGAGAUUAACCCUCACUGGGACGACGAAACAGUUUAUCAGGAAACGAGACGAAUUGUGAUUGGAGAGAUUCAACACAUUACUUACAAUGAGUUCUUGCCUCUUGUGUUGGGCAAGGAAGUUAUGGCAAAGUUUGGACUUUUGCUGCAAAAGGAUGGUUACUGGGACGGCUACGACGAAAACGUAAACCCAGGUGUAAUUGCUGCAUUUGCUGCUGCGGCUUUCAGAUUUGGGCAUUCUCUUCUACCCACAAAUGUGGAAAGAUGGUCCAAGGCUCACAAAUUCAUUGCUUCCAGAAGACUUCGAGACUUGAUUCGUCAACCAUUCGACCUUUAUCGUGCUGGUGUGAUUGACGAAUAUUUCAUGGGCAUGUCCAACCAGGUCGCACAAGCCAUGGAUGACUCCGUCACUCAAGAGGUUACCAAUCAUUUGUUCAGGAAACCCAACCAGCCAUUCGGAGUCGACUUGGCAGCCUUUAACAUGCAACGAGGUAGAGAAGUUGGUCUACCUUCCUACUUAUCUUACAGGAAGUACUGUGGUCUCCCAGGUGCUACUGGUUGGGAUGACCUCUUUGGCUCCAUGAACAACAUCACUGUGAAGAGAUACGCGCAGAUUUAUGUACACCCACAGGAUAUUGAUUUGUGGUCGGGUGGAGUUUCUGAGCGUCCGUUGCCGGGUGCGAUGGUGGGACCCACUUUUGCAUGCAUCAUCGCUUCUCAAUUUAGCAACUCCAGACGAGGGGACCGCUUUUGGUACGAGUUGGGAGGCCAUCCCCAUUCAUUCACUUUGGAACAAUUGGCCGAAAUUAGAAAGGCUCGGUUGGCCCGAAUCGUAUGUGACAACACUGACCUGAUUGACACGAUUCAACUCUACCCAAUGGUUCUUCCCGAUCAUGAAAUCAAUCCUCGUGUUCCAUGCCGAUCUGGAAUUUUACUUCAUGUAGACUUGACCAAGUGGGCGGAUUAUGGAGGACAAUAUUCUCAUCAAGUUCCAGUUCAUGCUGACGAGGUGAAUCUUUCUGGAUUCGAAAAUGAUCCCGGCGUGGGAAAAUAUGUAAACCAAGAUGGCCUUCAGCAGUUAAGACACUACUUGAAAGUGGGUCCAUACAAGUCCUAUUUGACUGGGUCCAACAAAGCGUUCAUGGGAUAUAUUCGACAAAUGCUCACCCGUCGACCCGUCACCCUAAUCCAUAGCACAAAAGGGCACGACGCCACCAACCUGGCCAACGUCCACUACUCUCCUGGACCCGAGCAUGAGAACAUUCCGAACCCCGGAGUGGACUACUCCCCUCGAGGCCACCCCGUCCAUCAGGGUCUCUCCCUCAAGGAAGCCUUCAAGGGACAAGGACAGGACUUUGGACCACUCGUCAACCCUCAGCAGCAACAACAACAGCAAGCAGCCACGGGAGGAGGAGGUCAUCAUCAUCAUCAUCAGCAACAUACGGGCAUUAGUCAAAAUGGAAUUGACAUCACUCCAGCAGCACCCGUUGAGUUUAUUAACCACGUGGUUGCCCCUCCGUCUGAUAAUUUCCAGCGUGUUCCUAAAAUCUAUUACGGAUUCCAACCCGUAGCCACACCAUAUGGGAACAUCUCAACGGGGAAUGACCUGAGGGCUGAUUUUAACCAUGAUUUCAACCGACGACCACAAAAUGAGUUUGGCGGUGGCGAGUCGUACAAUACAAUUAAUUUUAAGCGUAAACGACAAAUUAGGCAGCGUCAGACUGAGCCUGAAAAUGAAUCUGUAAGCAGGUCACAACUUUCUUCGUAAUCUGUCCGAGAGCAUAAGCUCGCCAUCGCCACACGCAGUCACAGAAUAUUGCAUUUGUCCAAUUACGUACAUUAUCCUUAUCCUGCUAUUUAAUUCCUCCCCGUCUACGUUCCAAAAUAAUAAUAUAGUUAAUUUCACACCAGAGAAAAUAUUGAGUGGGUGUUCCAGCAGUCUACAGUUUAUGAUUUAUAAUUGAGGGUAACUGAGCAUACAAGUACAUAAAGUCUGCAAGUGGGAGGAAUCCAUUACCUCCUAUUUCCUGCUGUCUUAAUUGUCCUGAAUAUGUUUCUUAAUACGAGUUAAAAUACUGACAAGCUCGGUGUAAUCCCACGCAAUGCAAUAUAAUUAUAUUCACUUAGUUAACCAAUUUCAUAUUAAAGUUUCCAAAUAUUUCUUCACAUGUACAUGUAAUGUUGAUGCAGGUGGUGGCAAAUCUAGAGCCUCUAGCCGAUUCUCCAACCAUACGUAUAAACCUGUCCAAAAAAUUACUGGGCAUUGAGUUAAAUAGGGAGAGACGUCGUAGGAUAAGUAAAUCUCAACUGACACUCCGAAAAGACGGCCCCAAAAGACUCGAUGGAUCAUUUUCUCACAAAAACAACAACGAUCUCCAUCGCAGCACGUUCACUCGAUUGCACACGCUGGACUAUCAGAAGGACACAUCAUUAUCUCAAAAUUCAAAAACACGCAGGAGAAAGCGGGAGGCGAGAGGCAGUGGAGAAUUGUCCUCGCAAGUGGAAAUACUUAAUGAGGGCCCCUCCGCCUCCCAAGCAAUUGGUCACGAAAAGGACAAAUACGCAAUAAAAGAUGGACGACUAAAAACAUUCACCUCUGAAUUGCAUGUGGAUAACCAACUCAUGACGCGGCCACCAACAAAGAUGGUCGAUUCCACUAAUUAUAGUAGCUCAUCAGAGAGCUUUCUAGAUGUAGCAGAAGACUUUGUGGACGGGGCAGUGUCUACAGCCAUACAUUUUCUGGAGGAUUUCACCAAUUUCGGAAACGUGUUUUUGACCAAUGCCCAGUCGCUCGUUAAUUAUUUUGCCAAUGCAACUGUUACAGCAGUCAACAAGACAUUUCUUAAUUAUAAGCCGCAUGAAAAAAACAAUACUAGCACUCAACAUAAUAAUUCUAAUGUUAAUGUGAGUAGAAUAGUGUAGAACGCGCAAAUUCCCGUGGUUGAUAGUAGGCGAGGUAACAAAUAAGUAGGUAUUAACAGUAUGUCGCAAAAGUUGAAAGUAAGCCUUAGAAGGAACCCCAUUUUCGAAAAAAACUUAAUUUAGAGUAGGAGACAAGGGCGAGAGUUUUGUUAUAAAAAAUGUACAUGGUCAAAAAUGUUUCUAAAUACUACAAAUUUUAGGUUUGACUGAAUCGAUGACUGCAGUGCUACAUAGGUCUGUAGCACAAGAAGAACAAAUACAUAUGUACAUCCUUAGUGCUGCACUAGUGUCAUGAACUACAUAUAUAGCUGAGAGUACUGUAAAUACUCUAAAUACAUAGUUUACAAACUAACCUAGGUAUAACUAUUGUGAAAAUUAGUCAUUUCACAGUAUUCGUAUUAAAAUGAACAUUAACUGAAUGAAUAAAUUAAAAAUAAACAAGGUUUGCGUGGUUAAUAUUUCGCCUGAAUCUUUGGUGUUGAUCAUAGUAUAAAAGCUGUACUUUUGCGUGAUGACUGAUGACACUUGAAUAAAUUGUGCUGGUCAGGAUAUACCAAUAA